CUAUGGCUUGUAUCAAACUCUAUAUUUAGGAAGAACAACUGUGAGCUAUGACAGGAAUUCUCUUUAACACUUAGCCUUAAACCGAGUUCCCCUCUAGCCCCAAGCCAGGAGCGGCUCUCAGGACCGGAGAGACACAGAGCACUCCAGCUAUUCCAGCCACCUGAAAAGCACUGGAAUUGAGAUCGCAGCUCAGACGACACCGGGAGUCCCUUCUACCCUCUAAAGAGCUUUGUGUUUUUGCACCUGACUGCCUGGGACUGUCCUUAGGCAGUAAACAAAUCCAGAGAGCAGGGAUAAGAUCUUGUGAAUAUGUCGAAACAGCCAGUUUCCAACGUCAGAGCCAUCCAGGCAAAUAUCAAUAUUCCAAUGGGAGCCUUCCGACCAGGAGCUGGUCAGCCCCCCAGAAGGAAAGAGUGCACUCCUGAAGCAGAGGAGGGGGCUCCUCCCACUUCGGAGGAAGAGAAGAAGCCAAUUCCUGGAGCAAAGAAACUCCCAGGACCUGCUGUCAAUCUAUCGGAGAUCCAGAAUAUUAAAAGUGAACUGAAAUAUGUCCCCAAAACGGAACAGUAGUUUUAAGAGGGAAAAGGGUUGAUGUGAAGAACUAAGGAGAAAAAAAUGGAUUAAAAUAAAUGCACUCCUUAAAAAUUUUAUAUAUUUGUAUGACGAUUAUGAACCUUCUGAAUUCCCAAGACUCUAGAAAAAAAUAUCCUGUUUGUACAUUUAUAUUUCUUCCUUAUAGUUGGCUGCAUUUCUCACUUUAGCUACAUUUUUGGCACCUUGCAGAGCAAAUCAGCCCAUGAAUUCAGCAGCUGGGGAGCAUGGUUUUGAGGAGAGAUGUGCUUGUGUGCAGGGCUAUGGCAAUGUGCCUGCAGUGAUCUGGAUGUUAAGUUCUUGAAGUUGCUUCUCAGAGUUCCUUGGUCAAUAUUUGAGAGGUCUUUUAGUUCUUCACCUUUUAAAUUACCUCAAUUAACUUUUUAUGAGUUCAAAUAAAUAUUUGAGUAAAUGU